AGCUGUUAAACAGACCCAGGCAUGCUUGUCAGCUCGGGAAACUGAUGGGCUUGGAGUCUUUUUGAAGCAGCAGUUUUUUUACACAUGUGCAAACACAAAGUAGAUGCAAAAAGUGUAGAAACUGUUGUAGAAAAGCUGACUGCAAUAAAAAAGACAGACUUUGUCACUUCUGUAUCUGUAAUUAGUAUUUGUGCCGUCGCUUCACUUCCUGCUCCCUUCUUCCCCUGAUUCCUCUGGGAUUCUCAUUCUUCUGGGCUCGACUUUUUCAAAGGCUUCCUACUUACUUGCACUCUCCCAAGUCCUUUUUUCUUUUUUUUGCCUCUGCUCCUCCCAUCUUUCCUGCUCAAACAUUCAUAGAGGUGCUGCACCACUGCAGCACUGACGAUUACAGUUUUAUCCCUAGCGCACGGUCAGACAAGGAGCUCCGAUGGGACUCCUGGUCCCACUGGUCACUUUGGCUCUGGUCCAGGUUUCAGUGUUUGGAGACACAGGAUGCAGAAGGUUUAAGAAUCUGGACAACGGACAGACAUUUUUCCGGUAUGGUGGACUCAUGGUGAUCUUCCGCUGUCAUCCGGGAUACAAGCUCCAUGGACACAAAACCAACAGCUGCGUGUCUGGACACUGGUCUCGAGAGCUCCCGGUUUGUGUUGGUUCAGGUUGCUCCCAUCCAGGCUCGAUCAACCACGGGACUAGCAGGAUGAAGGAGGAUGGCUCCUGGGCAGAGUUCAGCUGUAAUAGAGGCUUUCGCUUACACGGCCCUUUAAUGAUAUACUGCAAGGGCCACACCUGGAACAGCACAAAGCCAGUCUGCAAAGAGGCAGACAUUAUGAGCUCAGUUUCGCUCAACAGUCUCUACGACUUGAACGCGCUCCAGAAACUCCAGAUUUCUGCGGCUUUAAAAAAUCAACACCUCCACUUCAAGGCUGUCAGUAGCGGGGCUUCCAAAGAAGCGCGCCUCGGAUUCGACCGUUUGCCUUACGCGCCGUUCAAAAUGUUAAAGGGUGAGAGAUAUAAUCUAACAAACCCAAGAGGCGACCUCUUCAUUGAACAGGGUCAGUUUUCCAGCGAUGGGACAGAGACAACCCAAGGAACCAGAAGGUUUGGCUCCGUGGCACAGACUUCACAUGACUCAGCAAGAAAUUUGGAUGAAGCCACACAAACGUUUUCCUCAGAAGAUCAUUUUCCUUCCACUGUCCGGUCUGCGCAUCAAACAUCAGCAUACGAGCCGCGUCUUUCAACCACACCCGCACCAGCUGGGCCCGCAGUUACUGCAGCACCUGCAGGUGGAGAUCUUCACCGGUCCACAACUUCUUCCUUGGCUUCAUCCUCCUCCGGUCCCAGUUCCACCCAGUCCAGCACGAAAACACAGAUCUCGGAUGACGUCACCCUUCUUUCAAACAUCUCCAACUCAACUGACCUGAGAUCCUCCUGGAGGGAAUUUCACAACUUCACACAGUCCAGCACCGCAAAGCCAGUUGUGCAUCUUCGAACUAUGUGCCCAUACCCACCUGUGCCUCUUCACGGGACGUUUUACUUUCACAAUCUAGAGAACCCAGGCCCCAGUGAGUUUAAAUAUUACAUCCAGUACGCCUGUUACAGUGGGUAUUCUCUGUCCCGUGGAGACGUAAGCAGCUACUGCCAGCCUGGAGGCGGCUGGAGCGGAGUCACACCCGUCUGUCAGGAUCUGGACGAGUGCGCAGAGGGGCAGCAUCGGUGUCAGCAGAGUUGCAUCAACACAUUUGGCUCCUUCAGGUGCGGCUGUCACGUCGGGUACCAGCCAACUCCUGACCAGGCCUCCUGCGUCGAUAUUGACGAGUGCCUGCUGCCGGCAGCGGCCACAGGUUGUGUGUUUGGCUGCGUUAACACUCCUGGGAGCUUCCUCUGCUCGUGUCCAGAUGGCUUCAGCCGGCUGAGUGCAGAUGGCCGCUGCCAAGACAUAGAUGAAUGUGCGGCUAAUAACGGACUUGGACCCUGCAAGCUGCGGUGCCUCAACUUACCAGGAUCCUACAGUUGCUCCUGCUCUUCUGGCUACAUCUUAGCAGGAGACGGACACAGCUGCUUUGCAGAGUGUCCACCUGGAUACAGGAAGAAACCACUUACACGGCCAGAGAAUUCAACAGGACAAAAUCCGAAGCUGGAGUGUGUUGAUAUAAAUGAAUGCCUGGAGAAUAUGUGUGAAUGGCAGUGCAUCAAUCUGCCCGGCUCCCACCGCUGCAUCUGCCCCCGAGGAUACACACUGCACAGAGACAAGCGACACUGCAAAGAUAUUAAUGAGUGCAACCAGAAGAACGGAGGCUGCUCUCAUCUGUGUUUGAACAGAAGAGGAGGUUACAAGUGUUCGUGUCCGGCCUCCCAUCGUAUGUCUUCCUUCAGCUGGAAGAAAUGUUUGCUUAAGACAACAGCGCCCUCUGCUGGCUAGGCUCUUCAUCUCCUCUGCUAGACUUCAGGCUUUUGUUUAACGCUGACAACUUGGUAUUUUUUAUAUUUUAUUGAACACUUAUUGAUAAAAGUGUUGUUUUGUUUUGCCUGUAACCUUUCAACUUUUUCAGGCAAUAGGACAGGAUAAAUAUUCUCUCUUUUAUUGUUCAAUACUUACCCAGACCUGGAAAAUGAUUCAAUUCUAUAUUUUUGUAGAAAGCCUAAUUCAUAUCCUUAAUACCAUUUUAGUCUAGAGAGGCUAAAAAACAGUUCUGAAGUUUCACUCCUUUUAUCGUCUGCACAAACGGACAGAAUGAAUCCACACCAAACAGCGGUGAGGAUCUGGACAACACAUCAUCUUUUUAUAAAAUUGAUAAAUAUGCUAUGCUGUAACUACGCUGCUCCUAAUGUGAUUUUUACUGCACCAGCUUUAACUUCACACCUCAGAAAGAGAAACGUCUCAUCUUGUCAUUUUUCACGUUGCACUGACUCAUCUCUCCUCUCGCCAGCUUCUCGCCUUUUCUUUUUCCUCGCACUGCAGGUGGUAUGGAAUAGACGAGAGGAAUCCAGGUUGUAAAAGUGUUUAUUUCAGAAAGAGCGAACCAUGAUCUGAACCUUUCUGUUGUUGGACACAGUUUGAAGGUGCAUGCGGUCGGCGCAGACGUCAAGUCUGCUGUUUUGUUAAUGCAAAUGAGAAAGUUGUUACUAUCUGCAGUCAUUAGCAAAACUAUUAUUUAUUUUUGCUUGAAAUAAAUAUCCAAAGGAUUAUGUAAGGAGUAGCAAUAGACUAAUCCUGAAAAUAAUACCACAAGAGUAGUUGUUCUCACUGCAACAAAUGAACAAACUGUCAACAUGCUGGAUAAAUAUGGGGUGACAUUCAUAUCCAGACACACCGAUAAACAAUUUUUUU